ACUGAGAUUUUGGGAUGCUAUUUCUGGUGGAAACAGAUGGGAAAGAUGUAUAUCCUCUCGAGAGACAGCACUGGCUUCAACUCCUCUCAUUUCCAUCAUGGGAUAUGGUGAUGGAGGCAUCCAGCUACUCUGCCAGUCCUCAGUUUGGUUAUCCCAGCCCAUAGUAAAGUGGAAAGGUCCACAGGGUCAUGGUUUAUCUUCAGAUUCCAAGAUAACUGCGGGUAGACAUGGCCCAUUUGAUGUGGAGUCCUCCUUUAUAGUCCAACAGAAUUCUGGGAGCGUAGCAUGUUCCAUUCAGCCCCCUGACCAGAGCCAAGAGAUUCAAUCCAGAAUAUGGAUAAGAGAGAUCUUUUUCCGGCCUUCACCUUGGAGCCUGGCUUCCAUUUUAUUGGGCUUACUUUGUUUUGUUUUAAGUGUUGGUAUCGUUGCAGUAAGGACAUUUUUCUCCAAAUAUCAGAGGAAAUACUUGGCAGAACUGGAAUGGAGAAAGAAGCAUGCAGAGGCAGAAUUGAAAAAGCACCAGAAAUAUGCAGUGGAGGUGACUCUGGACCCAGACACGGCUCAUCCACAGCUCUACAUUUCUGAUCUGAAAUCUGUAAUAUUUAAGGAAGCUCCUCAGGAUGUGUCCUACACAGAGAAGAGAUUUAAGAGAAAGUGUGUGGUGGCUUCUCAGGGUUUCCAGACAGGGCAGCAUUACUGGGAAGUAGAUGUGGGACACAAUGAAAGUUGGUGCUUGGGCGUGUGCCGGGAUAAUGUGCACAGGAAGCAAUAUGAGACUUAUUCUUCCAAGAAUGGGUACUGGGUUCUUGAAUUAAGGAAAGGACAUAAGUAUUUCAUAUUAGAUCCUGAUAGAGUCAGUGUCUUCCCCAAGAAUCCUCUUACAAAAGUGGGGGUCUUCCUGGACUAUGAGGGUGGAGCCAUCUCCUUCUUCAAUGUAAAUUAUCCAUGCCUCAUUUAUACUCUGACACAUCAGUUUGAAGGCUUAUUGAGGCCAUAUAUCAAGCCUCAAUCUUAUAAUGAGAAAAGUGGGACUCCGUUAGCCAUCUGUCCAGUUUCUCAGAGGUCAGAGAAAGGAUCUCUUUCCAAAGAUAUCCCCACAUCUCCAGACACAGACCACCAAAAGCCUUCCCCAGAGGUAACAGCACUUCUUCCCUCCAACAGUGAUCACUAGCGGGAAUCACACUUCACGCUCUCCUUUAGGCUACUGGGUUUCAGAGCCCUCAAGGAGCACUAAUGAUGGUUUCUGUAUGAAGCUGGCUGACCCCUCCACUUAAGAGUCAUGUGUCAUGGCCACCCUAAGGUAGGGAGGAAAGAAGGUUGACACUGUGUUUAACUUGUGACAGUGUCAUCAAGCUAAGUGACCGUGGACAAGUAACAACCUUUCAGGCUCUUCAGCAGUUAGAACGGUGAGAAUUACAGGGACGUAGUGAGAAUUACAGGGACAAUGAAUAUGAGUAAUGAUUUCAUCUUUCUGGAAGCACGAGUUUUUGCUGAUGUUGUUCUUUAUAAGGAAUAUUGUGACUUGGUUCCAGACUAUGGCCGAUAAAGCAAAUAAUGCAAUAAAGCAAAAUACAUGAAAUUUGUAUGCGUAAACAUUACAAAUAAAAG